UGUUCUGCAUCUAAUGUUUUCAUUAGGAAACUGGGCGCAACCAAGUCAAGGAGGGAAGGAUUAGAGAGUGAGAGAGAGAGCGAACGCAGGGAAGAGGAGAAGAAAUCAUUCAGUUUUCACUCUGGUUCUGAAUUAGAGGAGAUUUCUCUUCGUUUUCUUCUCUUCUUCGUCACCAGGUUUCCCUCCUCACUAUGAUCUGCCCCCCCACCUCCUCGAUCGGACUCCUCCUCCUCCUGAUUGGCUACGCUGCGGCAGGUCCUGAGCCAGACCUGCGGCCUCGGGCGGUGCGUUCAAGUGCCUGUCAGGAGCACACGAACCUUCACAGCCGGCUGGAUGUGGUAGAGAAGAAAGUGGAGGACACCGUUGAGAAGCUGGAGGCCGAGCUCGCUGCUCUCCUGGAUGAAAUUGAAGCCCCAAAGUGGCGCCCCCUGUUGGACAAUACAGGAAAGACAGCUGUGGACAUCCUGGAGGACCCAGAGCAGAGGGGCCAGUCCUGAACCAACCAGAGAGACUCAGAGGGCUCCUGAACCUGGACUUUGAAGGAUUAAAUCUGUUUCUAGAAAGUGUGUGAAUGCAUAAAUGUAUCUGUGCAGCAAAAAGAAGUUUUUGUCUUAAAGGAGGAGGCAGUUCUUUGCACAAA